UUGAUGCUUGGAAAAGAGGAAAAGGCUGUGCUGCAGGGCCAGAUGGCCAGUCCGGCUUCAUGGCACAAUCCUGCUCGCUUUUUGCUAAGUUGCACGAGCAGUUUGGAUGGGAUUAUCAUCACUCUGAGCGCUAUCGCUGCCAUCAUAGGAGGUGCAGCAAACCCUUUUGCGCUGCUUCUUCUGGGUAACAUGGGUCAGUCAUUUCGCGGCUUUUUCAUUGGCGAUACCACGUUGAACGACUUCACCCGAGAGGUCAAUCAACUCAGUCUCUUCUAUGUCUACCUAUCCAUUAUUGAAUUUGGAACAAUCUACGCUGCAACCGUUGGUUUUACUCUAGCGGGAGAACGUAUCGGGCAACGUAUCCGUGAGAAGUACCUCGCAGCUAUUCUGCGUCAGAAUAUUGCUUAUUUCGACGGACUCGGCGUCGGCGAAGUGAACGCGCGCCUUACGACAGAUAUCAGCCUCAUUCAAGAUGCCAUCACGGGCAAAGCGUCAGCCACGAUCUCCGCAAUCGCGAUAUUUAUCUCUGCCUUGAUCAUUAGCUUCAUCAAGAGCUGGAUCCUGACACUGGUCGUCUUCCCUGCUCAGAUCUUGAUUGUUGGAACUAUGAGUGUAGGCGCAAAAUUCAUGAUCAAGUAUACGGUGCAGUCAACAGAAGCAUACGCACCAGGAAUGAGUAUAGCAGAAGAAGCGAUCAGCUCUGUGCGGGCCGUCACUGCAUACGGUAUGCAGCAGACGCUAGUCCGCCAGUACGAAGCGCACGUUGCGAAGGCGCGUAAGGCUGGGUCUAAGAGUGGGAUUGCCUUAGCAUGUAUGAUUGCGGUGAUGAAUGGCAUCAUUUUCUGGAGUUAUGGCCUUGCGUUUUGGCAGGGUUCGCGUUUCCUCGUUCAAGGCAGGGUCUCACUCUCUGCUAUUUUGACGAUCUUGUUCGUCAACAUCACAGGAGCAUUCGCACUAGGUAACAUAAGUCCUCACACUCAAGCAUUUGUAAACGGUAUUACUGCGACAGACAAAAUUUCGCAAGCGUGCUGUCGUCAGUCACCGAUUGACUCUAGCGCCACUACAGGGACAAAUCCUACAACAUUCACGGGGGCAAUCGAGUUCCGGAACGUCAGUCAUGUUUACCCCUCACGUCAGGAAAGUUUGGUUCUGAACAAUUUCAGCCACUUCUUUCCACCGGGUAAGAUGACUGCUAUUGUGGGCUCAUCAGGUUGUGGCAAAAGUACAAUUGUAGGGCUUCUUGAAAGGUUUUAUCAACCAGUCAGCGGCAGUAUCUACUUGGACGAUGUUGAAAUCUCAACGAUCGAUGUCUCAUGCCUGCGUCAGCAGAUCGGCCUGGUUAGCCAAGACCCCACUUUGUUCUCUACCACCAUAUUCGAUAACAUACGGUUCGGGCUACUCGAAUCGGUUUAUGAGAGUCUAGAUCCUCGAAUGGUUAAAAAGAUGGUAGAAGAUGCGGCAAGGGUAGCGAAUGCGUAUGAAUUCAUCAUGGCCUUACCAGACGGCUUCUUAACCAAUGUUGGCGACUCAGGAUCACUGCUCUCCGGGGGCCAGAAACAACGUAUCGCUAUUGCAAGAGCCAUCAUCGGUAAUCCGAAGAUAUUGAUAUUGGACGAAGCCACAUCAGCGCUCGACGCUGUUGCGGAGCGACACGUUCAGCAGGCUCUACAGGCUGCGUCUCAGGGCCGAACGACUAUCGCCAUCGCUCACAGACUUUCUACAAUACAUUCAGCUGACAACAUUAUCGUAAUGCGCAAGGGGCGUAUUGUUGAACAAGGUGCCCACGUGGAGCUCAUGGGAUUGAAAUCGAUCUACUAUGAUAUGGUUAAUCAUCAGGGAGCCCAUGAGACUAAAGAUAAAGAAGUUUUGGAUGAGGCAUCCAUUCAAAGUGCUCUCGAAGAGGCUACUGUUUCAGAGAUACUGCCAUUAAAUUUUGACGAUAAACCUACACCAGCCACAGUCACGCCGUUACAGGAUCUAAAGGAACCAAGCUCAAUGUGGAGUUUAGCAAUGUUUGUGCACAGCCUUAACCGAAAAGACAGUCAUUUCGUUAUCUUCGGUCUUGUCUUCUCUCUAGUUGCUGGAGCAAGUCAUCCUGUCCAGUCGAUCUUCCUUGCGAAAAUUAUAUCCGCUCUUUCCCUGAAGUCCUCAGAGUACAGCAUGCUACGCGAGUUGGUGGACUUUUGGAGCUGGAUGUACUUCAUGAUUGGCUUCACAACAGUCUUUGGCUGGUUAGGCCAGGGUGUCUGCUUUGCCAUCUAUUCCCAACGUCUGACACACAACGCGCGUGUAAAAGGCCUAGAGACUAUCCUGUACCACGAAAUCGGUACAUUUUUGCGCGGCGAUCAUUCCACUGCAGCCCUGACCAGCGUUCUCUCCAGUAGUGCUGCCAGCCUCCAAGGGCUAUCAGGUGCUGUUCUCGGAACGCUUCUUGUUGUUCUCACCACUCUCAUCGCCGGUCUCGGUCUUGCAACUGCUAUUGGGUGGAAGCUUGCCCUUGUAUGUGCGAGCACUACGCCUAUACAACUCGGCUGUGGUAUACUACGCUUGAAGUGCGUCGCACUGCUCGAAGGUCACUCUCGUCGUGCGUACGAGGCCUCUGCGACUUACGCCUGCGAGUACAGCUCUAAUAUCCGCACCGUCGCGGCGUUGAAUCUAGAGACCAAAAUUCAAAGAGACUACCAUAGAAUUCUCGAAGAAAAACGGAAGAAGUCAUUGGUAUCUGUCAGUCAGUCCUCGCUGUUGUACGCUGCGUCGCACUCGCUGAACUUCCUGUGCGCGUCGCUGGCGUUUUGGUACGGUAGCAGACUGGUAGCAACUGAGAACUACACACUAUUUCAGUUUUUCGUCUGCUAUACCGCUGUAAUUGCUGGUUCGUACUCUGCUGGUGCAAUUUUCUCGUUUGCACCAGAUGUUGGGAAAGCAAGGGACUCUGCAGAGCGGAUGCAGGCGCUUUUUCGCCAGCCUGUCCAUAUUGAUGCAAGGGCAAGUGACGGGUCUACCUCGUCGACAGCCGAAGGGUCUAUAGAGCUCCGAAACGUAUCCUUUCGCUAUCCAAACCGUCCAGAUCGGAUGGUUCUCGCUGAUGUCAACAUCACCGUCCAGCCCGGGGAAUACGUUGCUUUAGUAGGAGGAAGUGGUAGCGGCAAGAGCACUAUCAUCUCACUUAUAGAACGAUUUUUUGAUCCAGAAAAAGGUCAAGUCAUUUUCGGCUCAAACAACAUCAAAGAUCAGAAUUUGAAAAACUACCGGAGUCAGCUAGCCUUGGUCAGUCAAUCCCCAACAUUAUUUGACGGAACUAUACGCGACAACAUUGUGUUCGGCAUAGAGAAUGGAAGUCCUGGUGAGGAAGCUGUGAUACAGGCAUGCAAAGACGCCAACAUAUAUGGGUUCAUCUUGUCUCUUCCAGACGGAUUCAACACGACAGUUGGGGCGCGGGGUGUCAUGCUAUCAGGUGGCCAGAAACAAAGGAUCACUAUCGCGCGAGCGUUGCUUAGAAAUCCGAAAGUUUUACUUCUAGAUGAGGCAACCUCAGCGCUAGAUUCAGAGUCCGAGAGAGUAGUUCAGGAGGCCUUGGAUGCGGCUGCAUGUGGCCGAACAACAAUCGCCGUGGCCCAUCGCAUCAGCACUGUAAAGCAUGCUGAUUGUAUCUAUGUCCUUGAGAAUGGCCGAAUUGUUGAGCAAGGAACCCAUCGAGCCUUAAUGGAGGAGAACGGAAGGUACAGCGAGCUGGUUAAACUGCAGAACUUCAGUGAUUAGAAUGUACACGAGUU